CGAGCCCCGCCUUCCGCUUGACAACCGGAGUGGGCGGGGCGGCUCUUUGGGGCGUCGCGCGCUGCAGGCGUCACUGGAGCCAAGAUGGCGGCCGGCGUGGCGCGGAGGUGCUACUGGGCCCCGGCACGCAGGCUUGGACUGGUUGCCUACCGCAAUUACAGCAGUAGUGGGAACAGUUACCCCAGCAUUCCCCUGACAACACCUCUGCCUGCUGUGCCAAAGCCUCUCUUUGCAACUGUUGACACCCAGCAGGGCUUUGAGACUAAGGUGACCACUCUUGAAAAUGGACUGCAGGUGGCUUCACAGAAUAAAUUCGGCCAAUUCUGUACUGUUGGGAUCCUUAUCAACUCAGGAUCAAGAUAUGAAGCAAAAUAUAUUGGCGGUAUUUCUCAUUUUCUGGAAAAGUUGGCUUUUUCUUCCACAGCUCAGUUUGGCAGUAAGGAUGAGAUCCUUCUCACCUUGGAAAAGCAUGGUGGUAUCUGUGAUUGCCAGGCAUCAAGGGAUACUACUAUGUAUGCAGUUUCGGCAGAUAUUAAAGGCCUGGACACCGUAGUCGGUUUGCUGGCUGAUGUAGUGCUACAGCCCAGGUUGUCAGAUGAGGAGAUUGAGAUGACUCGUAUGGUGGUUCGCUUUGAACUAGAGGACCUAAACAUGAGACCAGAUCCAGAACCAUUGCUGACAGAGAUGAUUCAUGCGGCAGCUUACAGAGAAAACACUGUGGGGUUGAACAGGUUUUGUCUAGCAGAGGACGUAGAGAAAAUUGACAGAGAAGUCGUGCAUUCAUACCUGCGGAAUUACUAUACACCUGACAGGAUGGUGCUGGCUGCUGUGGGUGUUGAGCAUGACAGGCUUGUGGAUUGUGCCAGAAAGUAUCUUCUUGGAAUUGAGCCGGUGUGGGGAAGUGUGGCAUCCAAGAAUGUAGACAAGUCAGUUGCCCAGUACACUGGCGGGAUCCUCAAGCUUGAAAAGGACAUGUCAAAUGUGAGUUUGGGGCCCACUCCAAUUCCAGAAUUGACGCACAUCAUGAUUGGGCUGGAAACUUGUUCAUUUCUGGAAGAUGACUUCAUUCCCUUUGCUGUCUUAAACAUGAUGAUGGGUGGGGGCGGAUCUUUCUCAGCUGGAGGACCAGGCAAAGGCAUGUUCACCCGGCUGUAUCUCAACGUGCUCAACCGGCAUCACUGGAUGUAUAAUGCUACUUCAUACCAUCACAGCUACGAGGAUACAGGCCUCCUGUGCAUCCAUGCCAGUGCAGAUCCCAGACAGGUUCGAGAAAUGGUGGAAAUAAUUACCCGGGAGUUCAUUUUAAUGGCUGGAGCAGUUGGAGAGGUUGAGCUUGCACGAGCCAAGACCCAGCUGCAGUCCAUGCUCAUGAUGAACCUGGAAUCCCGGCCAGUGAUCUUUGAGGAUGUUGGAAGGCAGGUGUUGGCAACAGGCAUGCGGAAGCUUCCUGAUGAGCUCUGUGUUCUGAUAGGUAAAGUAGGAAUUGAAGACAUCAAGAGGGUGGUGACAAAGAUGCUACAUAACAAGCCAGCAGUGGCUGCCCUGGGGGACUUAACAGAGCUGCCCAGUUACGAGCAUAUCCAGGCAGCCCUUUCCAGUAAGGACGGGCGACUCCCGCGGGUGUACCGGCUGUUUCGCUAAAACUGCAGCAACUGCUGUCCAGAGAUCUCCUGUGGUUCAGAGUAAGCUGUUAACUGUGUGCAGGAAGCACUGCACGGAUCAUGCUCCCGUCACCGGCAGAGCUUCUCUGGUGUGCCAGCUUGAGUGCCUUGAGCCCUGCCAGUCACUCUUGGGGUGCUGAGAGAGCUCGCUUGCUUUCUUCCAGAUUUUGAGUUUUUUUAUCCAUGUUAGCAUCUCACACCAGAUGACUGUAAGCCGCUGGCCAAGUCCUGUCGUGCACCACAGAAGAGAUUACAAAUAAACUGUUCAGUGGGCCAGGCAUCCUAUAUCAUCGUGAUUUUGUCCAUAAAAAAGACUUCUGCGGCUGAAACUAAAAUGUGGUUAGUAAAUAGAUUUUCAUUUAA